AUGGCAAUUAUCACUCUCACACUUUUGGAUUCCCAUCUUCAAACUCCCAUGUAUUUUUUCCUCCGAAAUUUCUCUUUCUUAGGAGUCUCAUUCACCUCUGUCUGUAUUCCCAGAUUCCUGUACAGCCUGACAACUGGAGAUAAAACUUGUACCUAUAAUGCUUGUGCCACGCAAUUGUUUUUUGUUAUCCUCUUUGGAGCAACUGAGUUUUUUCUCUUUGCUGCCAUGUCCUAUGAUCGCUACGUGGCCAUCUGUAAGCCCCUACAUUACACAACCAUCAUGAAAAACAAGCUCUGCACUACACUCGUUCUCUGCUGUUGGGGUGCUGGCUUGUUGAUUAUUGCCUUCCCUCUUGGCAUGGGUCUCCAGCUGGAAUUCUGUGACUCAAAUCUCGUUGAUAGUUUUGCUUGUGAUGCCUAUCCUAUCCUACAGAUCGCCUGUUCAGACACAGAGCUUAUAGAAAAGGUUGUUUUGGCUUUUGCUGUGCUAACACUGAUUACUACCCUACUGGGUGUGCUUCUCUUCUACACAUACAUCAUCAGCACCAUUCUAAAAUUCCCUUCUGCCCAACAAAGGAAAAAGGCCUUUUCCACCUGUUCUUCUCACAUGAUUGUGGUUUCCAUGAGCUAUGGCAGUUCCAUCUUCACCUACAUUAAACCUUCAGGAAAGAAAGGAGUAGCCCUUAAUAAGGUGGUGGGGCUGCUCUUAACCUCAGUUGCCCCAUGCUUAGCCCUUUCGUUUAUACACUACAAAACAAGCGGUAAAGGAAGCCUUCAAAGACAAAGUAAAAAGGAUUGCAUUUCUCAUAAAGAAGUAAGAGAUUGUGGAUGUUUUGAGGCCAAGUUAUGCUUAAAUCUGAAUAACCCAUAA